AUGUUAUCACAAUUGGUCUUAGGAUUAUCGCUAUGGAUGCCUUCUCAUGCUUAUGCUGGUCUAUCGCCAUUCCACACGGCAUCGACUCUAGCUCACCAACCCUCAGAAAUGGAUGCAGCUGGUACAUCCGCCCAUGCACCUCUCACAAUCACCUGGAGUCCGGGGACGCAAGAGAUGAAUGGAAGAAUGGCGGAGGGUGCACAAGCUGACAGAAGAAUGCAACUCGCACAGAAUGACUUACACGAUAGCUUACUGGCAGAUAAACCGAAAACCACUACUGAAGAAAGUAAUCAAAAGCCGGUACAACUGGUGGAAUCGGUAGAACACGCCAGAUUAGGGGAAUGGACUUUGAGAGCAAGAAAACUUCUACCUGGAGACAAAGCGCAAACUGCAUUCGCACCUACAACUCAAGAUCUAUCAGAAACAACCACUCUUGUAGCUCCGUCUAUCAAUACGAUGAGAACAUACGAUGCUGAAGAACUACUUCACAUUGAAAAGAAAGCAAGGGAGUUGAAGCUGGGGUUCGACUACACGUACCUCGGCCAUGGCACCUUUGUCAGAGAUGAGAAGACAAAGUGGGAUAUACACGGGCUUUGGGGACAGAUCAGGGUGUAUGAUAAAGAUGAACACAAGUUAUUAUAUGAAACUGAUUGUUGUUAUUGUGGUGGCCAAGGGAGAUCAUCAGGCGACUACACGACCGGAGAAGAUUGGAUACAGGGUGCGAUAGGCCUUUGUGGUUUUGUCGCUUGUACUUCGGCUUAUGUCGCAUUCAAACUUUUCCGUGAAACAUUGUAA